UCUCUCUCUCUCUCUCUCUCUCUCUCUCUUUUCAAACCCUCCCCUCCCUCUCCUUCUCUCCCCUCCGAGGCCACUAGACUCGCCUUGUCCAUGGCGGCGCUGAUCCGAUCGGGGCGAUCCGUGGGCGGAUCGGCGGCGAGGCGACGGAUCUCGUCGUCGGCGGCGGCGUCGGAAGCGUGGGAUCGCUCUCCGGCGAGCCUCGGCCGCGAGGGAGCGGCGGAGAUUGGGGUUCCGGCGAGACGGGGCGUGCGGUGGGUGUUCCUGGGGUGCCCCGGGGUGGGGAAGGGGACCUACGCGAGCCGCCUCUCUCAGCUCCUCGGCGUGCCCCACGUCGCCAUGGGGGAUCUCGUCCGCGACGAGCUCGCCUCCCCCGCCCCGCUCGCCAAGGAGUUGGCUGGAAUUGUGAAUCAAGGUAAACUGGUACCGGAUGAGAUUAUCGUAAAUUUGUUGUCCGAGCAUCUAAAAAAUGGAGAAGCUAAAGGUGAAUCGGGGUUCAUUCUUGAUGGCUUUCCACGAACGAUUAGACAAGCGGAGAUACUAGAGGGAGUGGCUGAUAUUGACCUAGUGAUAAACCUUAAGCUCAGAGAAGAAGCACUGCUUAUGAAGUGCCUUGGGAGAAGGAUUUGCCGCGAAUGUGGAGGGAACUUUAAUGUGUCAUCUGUAGACAUUAAAGGCGGGGAUGGGAGGCCGCAUAUUUACAUGCCCCAGAUUCUACCUCCGGAACAAUGCUUGUCAAAGCUCGUAAUACGUGAAGAUGAUGCUGAUGAAAAGGUGGUGAAGACAAGGUUACGUAUAUAUUUCGAUGUGACACAGCCAGUUGAGGAGUUCUAUCGCAGCCGAGGGAAGCUCUUGGAGUUCGACUUACCGGGGGGAAUCCCCGAGUCUUGGCGAAAGUUAUUGGAAGCACUGAAUCUCGAAGACCCCGCUAACAGGCAAUCAGCUGCUUUAUAGAUCUCUUACAACUCUUCAAAUGUGUAUAGUGCAUACUGUUGGUGAUUAUUAAACCACAAUUCAUUACAAGUACCUCAAACUAACCGAUCCAUUCGAAACAAUGUUCGUCACUCAUAACGAACUGAUAUGAUUCAUAUUAGGUGUAAGAAUACAGAUUUGCAUCAAAAUGUGUAAUGAUGUUGUGUACAGUAGUAAUGUUGUCAGAAAAUUGUUCGAGGGCUUUUGUUUUUUCUUUUUUUUUUGGCCGUCUGUCAAAACUCAAAUGCGAAAUGCUUUAGAAUAAUUGUGUUUUUGCUGCA